AUGUAUGAGAAAGACUAUGACGACAAAAUGCAAGAAAUGUUGUCAGAUAAGAAAACGUACCUGGCCAUCAAAGCGAAUCCUACGUGGGGCCAUCAGAAAACGAACAACAGCCUUGUUUCACGCCUUCAAAAUCUGGCGCUAAUCGAUGCAAAAACAGCAUACCGAUUAAAACGACCACAGCGCAAUGUCCGAGAAUAUAUGGUCUACCCAAAGUACAUAAACCACUCCGGCCGCUAUAUUAACUCAAUUCGAUUACCAGAAGACUAUGUCCUUGUAUCGUUUGACGUUACAUCGCUUUUCACUAGCAUUCCAACGUACAUGAUUCCUGGCAUUAUCAUUAACAGAUGGCAGGAUAUAAAGCAAAACACGGAUAUCAACCUAGAUUUAUUCUUAGAGAUAAUAGAUUUUUGUCUGAAUGGAAGCUACUUUUCAUACAAAGGAAAGUUUUUCCGGCAGAUCCACGGAACAGCCAUGGGAAAUCCGCUCUCACCAACAAUAGCGGACUUAGUGAUGGAAGCGCUUCUGGAAAACGUCGCUAGAAAAAUUGACUUCCCAGUACCAGUUUUAAAAAAGUACGUCGAUGACUUGAUUCUUGCUCUUCCCCCGGACCGAGUCACAGACGUUUUGAACAUUUUUAACAGUUUCAACAACAAUAUUCAAUUCACGAUCGAAUUGGCGAAAGAUAGAAAAAUACCAUUCCUUGACAUGGUACUAAUACGGCAAACUGACCAAACCAUCCGUACUGAGUGGUAUAGCAAACCGAUGGCAUCUGGUCGCCUCCUAGACUUUCAUUCAUGCCACCCACUUCAUCUAAAAAUGAAUACCAUCGCAAACUUUAUCCAAAGAGUCCGACAGUUCACCACAAACAGUCCGAAGGAAGCAGCUAACAUAACCAUAAAUGAACUGUUGAGGCGGAACCACUACCCAGCGGCGCUACGACAUCGGCUGUUGAAUGGCAACAUCCGAAACACCGAACGAAACACGAGAAAUUCGUCCGACGAUGGAGGCACGGUUGUGUACAAACCGAUGCUGUUUGUGAAUGACCUGACACAACGGCUGAGUAAGGCAUUAAAAGCGGCCUCAACAUAA